UUUCGCCACGUAUAUUGACGUACAGCAAGGAUUGUGCAUAGCACACAUUUUAGAGUGAGGCCUUACAAAGGGGGUAAAAUGUCAUGCCGUAUGUAAACAGACGAUAGGCGAUAUUAAGCGAUGGAAGACGAUUCGGAGGUUCAAGAUGACCAACAGGAGGAGGACUGGUAUCAAAAUGAUCUACAACUGGCUGCAGAGCUUGGAAAAGCCCUUCUUGAGAGGAACCGCGAAUUAGAGGCGCAAAUCAUCCAUCUCCAACAAAUUAACAAUGAACAAAACCUGGAAAUUGAGUAUAUCACGCGGCAACUGGAGACUGUCAGGGACAGUAGUGAAUCACGCAUGCGUAUUUACGAGGAGUUGGACAGGACGUCGCAGGACCUGGAGAAGACAAACCAGAGGCUGCUUAUUGAUGCCAAAACAGACAAGCAGCGGAUAGAAAAAUUGAUGACUACCGUUUUGCAGUUGGAGGAAAAGUGUGACAAUUUGGAAAAAAAGGUUGAAGAUAUGAAGGCCGAGGAGAAGCGUUUGAAACAGAAACAACAGAAGCAGGACAGCAGACGAGCUGUGAGUCUCGCGAGUCUCCGCGAGAAGGAGCGAGAUCCUUAUUUGAAGGAUAUCAUGAACGAGGACUGUCACUGGACCUAUAACAAUCAGUUCAAGAAACUACCUCUGAACCCUUACGAACAGGAAAUCAAAAAUCUCCAAGAGGCUGUCAAACAGCUCAAAGCGCAGGCGCUAAUUGAUAAAAGGAAAAAGGAAGACUUGGAGACGGAAGUGUCUUUAUUGUGGGAAGAAAAUGCCGGUCUGGAAAAGAAAGUUAGAUCUUUGGAGGACGAUGUAAAAGAAAACGGUUAUUUAAAGUUCGAGAUCCAACGUCAAAAGUUGAAUCUCGGUAAAUACUGCAAAAAGUGUUCCAGUGAUCUAGUUGAACUGAAAACUGCAAUCGAAAAGGAGAUAGAACCAGACGAUCCGCAAGUUGGCGCGGGAAAACUGGUUCGUCUGGAAAGUGGAGGGAGCGUUUAUGGAAGUACAGAAUCUUUGAACAAAAUAGUCCCCGAUAUACAAGAAGUGUCUCCGGUGGAAGAUAAUGAUACCAGCAGUGUUUCUAUUCUUGAUGAACUGGAGACCCAAUACAAGAAACUGUUCAAGAAGUACGAGGACCUUCAGAACAAGAGCAGCAGACGACCCGGAAGUUUUCACGAGAGCGAGACUUUCGACGAAGCUCUCCAUAGACAGUUGGCCGUGUCUCACAAAGAGGUUCAGACAUUGCUAAAGAUGCAGAAAUCCACGUCUACUGCAGAGGCGGCCACGUCUGCCGAACAAGAAACCAACCUGCCUCAUUAUAAAUCCCUGUUCCGAGACAUCUUCGCCACGCUAAAACAGACCCGUAUCGACGAGUCUUCUGAGCAGCCCCUGACAAGUCCGCAUUCCGCAGAAUAUAAACCGCUCAAGUAGCUAUAUUAUUUUUAAAAGUCAAAAUUCUAGUCAUUCUGUGUAUUGAUAACUGCAGUAUUUAAUUAUAUUACGAAGAUUUGAAAAAAAGAAGAAGGUUUUUUUGUUUCCUAAGUCGUUUAACAGUAUUCAAUUAGAUCCCGAAGGUAAAAAAAAAUCAGUCAAUUUUGUUUUCGUUUCUAAAGUCGUUUACACUUUACAGCAUUGAUAUUAUAUAAUGUUAGUUCCUGUCGUAUCAAAGAGUUAUGUUAUAUAUUAGUUUGAAAUAAUAUUGUAAAUUAGUGCAAAAUAAUGCAAAACUGUGUAUGGUAUACAAUUAAUAGCAUUAGACAAAAUGUUUAUCAAACUAUUCAAUGUAGAUCCGUGAUUAGCUGUAGAACUAUAUAGCUCAAUGGGAAACUCGGGUUAGUGGUCUGUCAAUCCGAAUUUCCUGAAAAGCUACAAUUCUGCAGUUAAUUGUGAUUAGACAUCUAUUAAACUGCCAUAAAAACGAGUGCAGCAUAUUUGUAGAUGCCUGCUAUUUAUUCUUGUACAGUUCACAGCAUUAGUGUUUUGUUUGUUUAUGAGAGCACGUGCAUCUCGAUAUUUUUAUUUAUUUAUCGCGGAAAUCACAGUGGUGUUCCAAUGUGUUUUGUUAUGUCUUUUUUUUUACUGCUUUUUUGUUGAAAUAUAUACUCGUACAAGUGAUAUUGUUGUAUUCUUCGGGUAUUCAUUUAUACUGUUAAGGAUUGGAAAUUUCAUAUUUCCUGUCGAAUACAAUCAAUUUAUCUGUUGUUUUUGUACUGUAUAAUAAAGAUGCAAUUGAU